AUGGAGAAGCAAGAGAUCGAGCCCCGCGUGGUUGAGGCGUCAACGCCAGACUUUGAUCCCGCUUUGGAGAAGAAGUUGCUGCGAAAGCUGGACUGGCGAGUCAUCCCAGCACUAUGGUUUCUCUUUUUGGUGUCAUUCAUGGAUCGUUCCAACAUUGCAAAUGCGAAGAUCGCCGGCAUGGCCAAGGAGCUGCACCUGGUGGGAAACGAAUACAACCUCGCCGUGACCAUGUUCACGGUCGCAUACGUCGUCUUUGGCAUGCCGGCCAACCUGCUGGUCAAGAGGUUUGGCCCAAGGAUGCUGGUCCUAUACAUGUUUACUUGGGGGCUGUUUGUGUUGGGACAGGGUCUCACCAAGACUGCGACGGGCUUGAUCGCGUGUCGGUUCUUCAUGGGGAUGUGUGAGGCAGGCUUUGUUCCUGGCUGCGCAUACCUGAUCGGAAGCUACUACAAGCGGGACGAGUUCCUGCGUCGAUACGCAAUCUUCUUCAGUGCCAACAUGGCGGCAGGAGCGUUCAAUGGGCUUUUCUCAAGUCUCUUGACGCACUUGGAGUUGGACGGAUAUGCGGGAUGGAGAUGGCUGUUCCUGAUCGAAUCAAUCAUCACCAUGGGCGUCAGCAUUAUUUGCUAUUGGAUCGUUGUUCCCUUUCCCGAGGACGCGACAUUCUUGACCCCUGCGGAGAAGGAACUGCUGCUUGCCCGUCUGGAAGCCGAUGGAGGAAGCAUUCGUGAUGAUCCUAUCUCUCUCCCUCGGGUCCUGAAGAUGGCGAUGGACUGGAAGAUCUGGAUCUGUGUUUUGGCCUACUUGGCCGCCGAAGAAAGUGCCAGCUCGUUGGUGUACUUCCAGCCCACCAUCCUCAAGGACCUCGGCUGGACCAGUCGCUCAGCGCAAGAGCACAGCAUCCCUGUCUAUGCAGUCGCCUUCGUGCUUACCUUGUCAAGCGCGUGGCUGAGUGACUAUCUCCGCCACCGCUAUCUCUUCACGCUGUUCGGCUCGGCGCUGGUCAUAAUCGGCUGGAGUAUCGAGCUUGCGCAGGUCCCCUCUGCUGGAGUCCGUUAUAUGGGCAUGUUCUUCGUGGCAUCAGGCGCGUUCAUCAUGAUGUCUAUCACCGUGGUGUGGUUGUGCAUCAACCUCGGCAGAGGCGUCAAGCGCAGCGUCGGGAUGGGCUUGCUGCCCGCGUUCGGUAACUGUGGUGCCUUCGUAUCCGGCAACGUCUUCAUCACCAGCGAAGCGCCCAAGUACCCUACUGGCUUUGGGGUUGGUCUGGCAUUCGCAGUGGUGGCAGGACUGGCCUGCACCGUGUAUUUCUUCGCUCUCCGCGCCGAGAAUCGCCGCCGGGAAAGUCAGCCGGAGAAGGACUGGCAGUCGGAGAGCAUGCAGGAUCUGGGCGAUGCUCAUCCCGACUUUCGUUUCCAGUUGUGA